AUGGAAGAUAUUCAAAAUACUAUACGACGAAAGUCUCUUGGGAGGAUCGAAGAGAUUGGGUCUCUAUAUAAUGCUACUAUAGAUACGUUCUGUGGAAUCAAUAUAUUAAAUAAAGAAAAGUGGCCAAAUGGUUCAAUUAAAAAAACUAAAAUCUUUCAACCUAAUAUAUUAUGUGGAUAUGAGAAUACAUAUAAGGAAAAGUUCAAAAUGUUAGACGUCGAAGCUGAAUUAAAAUUAAGUAUUAUCGCGGAACUAUUUUCUUGGAAAGGUUUGAAAGGUUCUAUAGAGUAUCUAACUGACGUAAAGGAAAGUUUUAAAUCUGUGAAAAGCAAUCUAAUAUAUAAGAUAACUUCAUUUGAGGAAAAUUUGGACAUUUAUCGUGACGAUGUUAAGGCAUGCAUUUCCACGGAUGAGUUCAGUAAUAACCAUGCUACCCAUGUCAUAAUAGGAAUAAAGUGGGGAGCUAGUAUAAUAGCAUCAAUUGAAUGUAGUAAUGUGAAAGAAGAGGAAAAGUCACAAGUCGAAGAAGGACUAAAGGCAUAUUGUGAAAAUUUAUCAGUUUCUAUUUCUAAGAAAAGCUUCAAAAAUGUUAAAGAGCCGAAUCUUGGGACUCAUUUCUCAAUAAAACUAUUUGGUGAUAUUCCGCAUAACAAGCAGCUUCCUCAGUCUUUUAAUGAAGCAAGAAAGAUCAUAAUUGGGCUUCCUUCGUAUAUUAAAAAACUUAAUAAUGGGAAAGGUGUUCCAAUCGAAUAUAUACUAUAUCCAAUAUCAGAUCUCGCGGAUCUAUUUGCUCAAAAUACCAACGUUAAUUUCAUGGAAACAAGUUUGAGUGAGGCAACUAUCCUAAAAGUAGAACAAAUGUUUGAUAAUUUAUCUGAGUUCAAACAAAGACUUAAUGAUUUAUUCAAUGAUACAAAUGAAGCACAAAUAAUUUUACCUGAUCUCACACCAGUUUUUAAUGAAAUCAAAGACCGUAUGCAAGAAGUCAGAAACGAGAAAGUAAGAUUCGUAAAUGAACUCACAGAAUAUCUUAUUAAAAUACGUUUUAGUAAUGAAGAUACUGACGAACUUGAAAGUAAGAUAGAAACAUUUCAGAAAGGUAACUUGUCUAAGAGCUCUAUAAUGGAAUUUAUUAAAAAGCACCGAUCAGUAUCUAUAAGGGCUGGCUUAGCGCUUGCUAUAAAAUCAAAAAAAGUGGAGAAAAUUGAUAAAAAUUUAACCAUUGAUGAGCACAUUUUGCUUAAAUAUCCAAACAAUGAAAUAUAUAUACUUAUUGAUAGCGAUGAACAUAAUAUUGAUGAUAAGUCAUUUCCAAUAUACAGUAUGUUUCGUGACCUUUACAAUUCAGAUGAAUUGAGCAAGUAUUGUCUUAAAAUAUUUACCGGAAAAGAGUGUUCUAAAUAUCCAGUAAUUCAACAUUAUAUUAAUGGAAAGUUAAAUAGUGAUAACUAUUAUGAUGAUAGCAAAGUGUUAUUUACAUCAAAUGUUGUUAAAUUUGAUCCAGUACCAAGCAAGCCGAAAAAUACUCCUAAUAAGAAGACACAGUUGGUAAUGCCCUGUCCCCAGGAUUGUCCAAUAGUUGAUUGUAAUUGGAGAUGUCUCAAAUGUGAACAGAACAUAAAAUAUGGUUAUAACAAACGUUUGUAUUGUGAUUGCGGUGAAAGUGAUGUUACUCAUUGUAAAUUUAGAUGCAAUAGCUCUCAUCAUACUAGAGGAUACGUACCAUUUGAGUCAGACACACUUAUUAAAGUGUUACCGUCAGCAUCUCCAGAAGAAAUAAACAUACUACUUCUUGGUGAGACUGGUGUAGGAAAGUCUACAUUUAUAAACGCCUUCGUGAAUUAUCUCAAGUUUGAUUCGCUCAGCGAUGCAAAAUCUAGAAAUAUGAGGGUAUUUAUCCCAUCCAAGUUUACAGUAACAGAUGAAAAUUGUGAGAUGAAAACAAUAAAAUUAGGCGAUGAUGAUUCAAAUGAACGGUUAGGAAGUGUAGGAGAGUCAUCUACUAUAUGGUGUAAAAGCUAUGUAUUCCACGCACCUGGAAAUAAACAUAUAAGAUUGAUUGAUACUCCCGGCAUAGGAGACACUAGAGGAUUAAAUGAAGACAAGAAAAAUUUUGAAAAAAUAAUGAUUUCUAUUAGCAAAUACAAAUUUUUAAAUGGGAUAUGUAUCCUUCUCAAGCCCAACAAUCCACGACUUAAUAUAGUGUUUAGAUUUUGUGUACAGGAAUUAUUGUCACAUCUUCAUAAGAGUGCAAAAGAUAAUAUAGUCUUCUGCUUUACAAAUGCUAGGGGAACAUUUUAUCGCCCAGGGGACACAUUGCCAUCACUUAAAAAACAAAUUGACGAGCUCAAGGAACGUUCUAACGUUGAAAUAAAUAUAGAUAAAGAUACUACUUAUUGCUUCGAUAAUGAAUCAUUCAGAUUCUUAGCAGCACUUAAAGAAGGUAUCGCUUUUACGGAAACGGAUGAACUAUGUUUUGCAGAGAGUUGGAAAAAAUCUGUGAAUGAAUCAAGAAGACUUAUUGAGCACAUUUCGGGAUGUAAGCCUCACCAGGUAGAAGAUACUAUAUCGCUUAACAAUGCUAGAAGUAUUGUAAUGCUUCUUUCUAAACCUCUUGCGGAAGUAGGUCAACUUAUCCAAACGAAUAUUAAAUUAAUCAAAGAAAAACAAAGUGAAAUAGAAAACUCUGACAAAACGAUAGAAGAUCUUAAAGACCAACUUUAUAUUCCGCAAAUAGACCUCGAGCCAAUACAAUUGGGAUACCCGAGAACGGUGUGCACAAAUGGCAGCUGUGAUAGAACAUUGAAAAUUAACGAAACAACCAUAAAGAUAGAUUAUAUACAACAUUGUUGCAAACGCUGUUAUGUACCGUUUAAUAACUAUUUGAAAUUAUGCUGGGCCAUGAAAUUCGAUGGAACAUGUAAAGAAUGUGGCUGUGAACGGAAUAAACAUAUGCAUAUUUCUUAUGAGAAUAAACAAAUAAUUAAUAAUAUUGUUAAUGAGGAUGUAAAUUCAGAGAUCUUAAAAAAUAAAUCAGAUCAAGAUGCAAAAAAAGCAAUGAUAAAGGAGUGUGAAGAGAGAUUGACUCAAUUAAAAGGUGAACAGAAUAUAAUAAAUGAAAUUAGUAUUAAAUUUGCACAAUUCCUAAGACAAAACGCAAUAGCAAGUUUCAAUGAUGCGUAUGCGGAAUACUUGGAUCUCUUCGUAAAUGAAGAAAAGAUUAAGAAGAGUGCUGAUCCCAGAAAUUAUGAUGAUGAAAUACUCAAAGGACUUGAAGACACGAAAAAAAGUUAUUUAGAUCAAAUAGAUUUGAUAAAUCAAGCAAUUAGCAACGAUGACACAUGCCCAAUUUCACCAAAGGACAUAAGCGACCUUGAACAACGAUUAUAUGCUUUACCCAUCAACGGACAGACUUUGAAAAAAAUAAAUGAUGAAGUGAAGCGUAGUAGAAUCAAUGAUUUUAAAGAAAGCCAUUAUAUACCUUUAGAAAAUAGCAUGGGAAAAAAUGGAAAUAGCUUAUAUAAAUUACUUGGAAAGUUUUCUAAGAAAUACUUUUAUUAGAUAUAUAAAAUCAGUUUCUUAAAUUU